AAACCCCCAUUGGUUCUUUACAUACAAAAUUACCCCUCUCUCCAAGAUCACAAAUUACAAUAGACCCUUUUUCUAGUUUUGUGAAAUUUGAAGGGGCUUAGUUGGGCAUGGGAAGAGCUCCUUGCUGUGAGAAAGAUGGACUGAAGAAAGGGCCCUGGACGCCCGAAGAAGACCAAAAGCUUGUUGAUUAUAUACACAAGAAUGGCGCUGCAAACUGGAGAACUCUUCCCAAAAAUGCUGGGCUGCAAAGGUGUGGAAAGAGUUGCCGGCUGCGCUGGACGAAUUAUCUCCGCCCGGAUAUCAAGAGAGGACGAUUUUCACUCGAAGAAGAAGAGACCAUCAUUCAACUGCACAGCAUCCUUGGAAAUAAGUGGUCCGCAAUUGCUGCUCGGCUGCCGGGAAGAACAGACAAUGAAAUCAAGAACUACUGGAACACACACAUCAGGAAAAGGCUUCUUCGCAUGGGCAUCGACCCCGUCACGCACGCCCCUCGUCUCGACCUCUCGGCGGCACUCCUCAAUUCAACUCUCUACAGUAACUCAUCGUCGUCCCACAUGAAUUUUUCCAGGUUAUUAGCGAUGCAGCCUUUGAUUAAUCCUUUAUUAGCCUCUUCCCUCUUCUCCUCCCGCCGCCAAUACCAAGAUUUUCUCAUCCAGGAUCAGCUAAACAUCAACGAUAAUCCCCAAUUAUUAGCCCAUAAUCAAGUUCCUCUUCCAUCAUUAAUCCAGACUUGCCAAAUGCAAACCCCUGCAGCUCAUCCAGAUUUAACAGUUCCCACUACUUGUUGUUUGGAUACCACAACUUCUGUUCAUGAACCUCAUCAACUCGUGCAUUACGACAACGUCGAGUGUUUCCCUCAAAAUCUUGCCGGGUUCGGGUCGCAAAAUUGCAAGGAAAAUGAUUGGCAGCAAAGAAUUGGAUCCGUACUUUCUCCUCUAGGGUAUGGUUCUUUGCCUGGAACAAAUUAUGGGUCGGAUCAUCAGUCGGUGGUGGACCCGGCUCCGUCAUCAGAGGCUUCGAAUUUCCAAUCCAAUAGCACCAGCAACUUCAGCUUCCAAUCCGUUUUGUCAAAUAUUUCGACCCCGUCAUCGAGUCCGAACCCGUUGCAUUCAAAUUCGACGAAUAUAAACGGGUGGAGCAGCACUGAAGAUGAAAGGGAAAUCAGUUACUGCAGCAACAUGUUUGAAAUCCCAGAUAUCUAUGAUGUUAACGAUUUUAAUUUGUAGUUGCAUUAUUAUCACAAAAUCGUGUUAAAUUAAUUAAGUGAUCCCGAGAGAAAUUUUUUCGUCUCCAUCCAUGUCCUCUUGUAAAUUUCUCUGCCUAAAGUCGUGACUUGUUCCAGUUUUCCAUGUCUGUUGGAAACACAUACA